AUGGCCAAGCAGCACCAAAGCAUCGCGGCACAGAUGAAGACGGAGCUUGAGGAACCGCUGGCUGCGUUUUCUGGCGGCAUGAAAGAACGGCGGAAGAUUGUACAAAACUCCGUCGAAAAACUGCUGAAGACUAAGGUCCAACAAACCCAGCAGGUGAAUAAGACUCGCGACAAGUUCGAGCAAGAGUGUCUCAAAAUCAAGGGAUACCUUGCGCAGGGCCACAUGGUAAUGGGCCAGGAGGAGCGUCGCAACAAGGCCAAGCUUGAGAAGACGCAGAUUAGCCUCGCCACGGCGAAUACGGAGUACGAGAAUGCGGUGAAAGCGCUCGAGGACACCACGGCGCGAUGGAAUCGAGAAUGGAAAUCGGCCGCGGACAAAUUCCAGGACCUCGAAGAGGAGCGACUCGACUUCACCAAGAGCAGCCUCUGGACGUUUGCAAACAUCGCCUCCACGGUGUGCGUCAGUGACGAUUCCUCCUGCGAGAAGAUCCGUCUGUCGCUCGAGAAGAUGGAAGUUGAGAAGGACAUCGUCGGCUUCAUCACGGAGCGGGGUACUGGGCAGGAGAUACCCGACCCUCCAAAGUACAUCAACUUCUGUCGUGGAGAUGUUAACGACAGCCAGUCUGAAGUGUCGGAGGACGACAACUAUUCGGUUGCUCAGUUUCCGCGCAGCAUCAACCCGGCUUUCCGUUCCUCGUCACCUCAGCCUUCGACCUUUGAAUCUCACCAUGAUCCCAAUUCUGCGUUGGCCAACAACUUGGCACACAGGGAGUCAGGGCAAUCAGCCAGCCGGGAAGCUACUGUCACUCCCCAAAAGGCUUCGACUCAGCAGCCGCUCAAAAUGUCUAUGGACGACCAGUACCCCGUCCAGCCGCCGCCGCCCGCAACGAUGCAGUAUGAUGCUGCACGUGCCCUCUACAUGUACCAGGCCGCAAUUCCUGAGGAGUUAGGCUUCGCCAAGGGAGAUUACCUGGCCGUGUUCCGCCAUCAGGACGAUGGCUGGUGGGAGGCCGAAGAUGCCAUUGAGGAGACCGUUCGCGUGGUGACGUCCAAGCCCGUGCAGCGGGCUGUGGUCAAUACCGCCCUGCUGGUGUCUGGCGCUGCUGCGCUGCUCUUGUUGGCGUCUCUCGCGACCGGAGUAUUCUUUCAAACCUUUGUUCCCGAUCGAUUUGUAACGACACCCGUACACCUUCAAUAUGGGACUGCUCGCAACCCCUACGGCAUCGCAUCCCUCGCCCGUCCAUCUCUGCUUAAAGCCCAGCAAGAAUACGACAUCUCGGUUGCGCUAUCGAUGCCACGAUCACCUGCCAACACCGAGCGCGGAAACUUCAUGGUGUCAUUGCAUCUCCUUGCAUCAGAAGCGAAUGAGAGACUGGAGGUGGACUCUCGUACCUUUGCCGCUCAAGACACCAAGAUCGGCGACCACACGGUCAUCUUCACAUCCAGGCGAUCUGCCUUGUUCCCUUACGUUGAUCCCAUCGUGUCCAUCGCGAACCGCAUCGUGUUCAUGCUCUAUCAUCUGCUUUUCCCAAGCUCACAAACAUGCACAAUGACUGUUAAUCUUGCGGAGCGUCUUGCGUUCUCGAAAGACUCGGCAAUCCCUGCCUCGGCAUACCUGGAGGUCGAGGCGGGGCAAGACAUUCAGAUAUACAGCACCACUCUGACUAUGACGGCCCAGCUACGAGGACUUCGUUGGCUAAUGUUCCACUACCGGCUGGCCACGUACAUCGCUUUCACAUUCCUGUUCUGGGUUUGCGAGGUCCUGUUUAUGGCCCUUGCAUGGACGACUUGGAGCGCCGUCACUACACCCAAGCUCACCGGCAAACCCCAUCGUCAUCCGGACGACGACCGCUACAGUGAUGAUGGCGAUCCUGAUCAAUCAUCUGACUACGCACACACGUUCCCUACCUACGGAUCGCACCCGCCACUUAAACACGAACCAGCGGUCAAGGAGGAAAGUGCUGAAAGGCACACACCCCGGAUGUCCGACAUACCUAUUGCAGGCGCAGAGGCAGACGAUGAGGAGGACACCGAUGACGGUGACAGCAGAGCAAGAUACGAUUCUGGUAUAGGAACAAGUUACGAUUCAGAGAGGCGUUCCGUUGUGCGCAGAAGAUCGUCUCGGGGCAGGCUCGAUGGAUGA